AAUGCUCGAUCGCCAUCAGUUGGCGAGUCAAGCAGUCGAGUCUCGACAGCCGUGAGCGACAGUCGAGAAGAUGGUGAAUAGUAUAAUUAUAGACAGAUGCAAGUUGAUAGGAAAGGGGAUUUACGGAACCGUUUACGAAGGGACGUGGAAGGGCACGUGGAAGGACAAAAAAGUGGCCGUCAAGCGAAUUCAAAUCGAAAACGUUGAAAACAACCAAGGAGAAGAGGCUAUGCAAAAUCUUAAUCAUCCAAAUGUCGUCAAACUUUAUCACGUUGAAAGCGACAGUGAUUUCAGAAUUUAUGCGCUUGAAUUGUGCCAAUUAUCACUGAGUCAACUAUUCCACGACGGCGAGGCCCAGAAAAACUACCGAGAGAAAAUGCCGCCAGAAAAAGAAGUUUGCCUCCAGUUGGCCAUGGGAUUGGCGCACAUUCACGAAAAGGGAUUCAUUUACUGGGAUUUCAAACCUCAAAAUGUUUUAAUUUCAGUUCAUGAUGGAAAAGUGUCGAUGAAAUGGGCCGAUUUCGGACUCAGUAAACCACGCAACGAGAGAGGAAGUUACUCGACGACAGAGCACAACAAACGGCCAGAUGAUUGGUUUGCCCCUGAAAUAUUGAUAAUAAAAGAAAAUUUGGAUCGGACGACGCCACUCCGUCAAGAAGGAACCGUCAUGAGCGACAUCUUCUCCACAGGUCUAAUUUUCGGCUAUUAUCUUUUGAAAGGGCGUCACCCGUACGGCUCACAAUUCAAUACCCCAUCCAACAUUAUCAAUAAUACGCCAGUCAAUCUGACAGCCAUAGAAGAGCAACAACAUCCCAUGUGGGCCAUCAUUACGGACAUGUUGAAGAACAAUCCCAACGAGAGGAUUUCAUCAGCCGACGUCGUAAAAAGAAUCGCCAACAUUUAAAAGCAGAAACAAUCGACAACUAAAAGUGAUCUUUUACCAGCAUAUUUCCUUUCUUUCCCCUACGGAUUGUGCACGAUGACGAAAGAGGUGUCACUUGUAUUUUAGUUCUUUUUUUUGUGGGUCGGUUGAGAUUACAUUUGUGGAUUUUCUCAUUCCACUUUUUGGGGA